UGGGCAUGUGUUAUUUGUUUUGGAUGUUUCCAUCACGAUAUGUAUGUGCUAACUGAGGUUUCAUGGUCCAGCCAGCUCCUUGAUAAGUAUCAAGAGUUUACACUUAGCCGGAGAAGGAAGAACUCUUGACAAAGCUGCAGCAGGUUGAGGACUGGAUGUAUGAAAACCGAGAAGAUGAGACCAAGGGUGUUUAUAUUGCCAAGCUUGAGGAAGCAAGUUGACCCAAUAGAGCAUCGGUACAAGGAGUCCAUCGAGAGGGGAUCCGUAAUUUAUCAGCUUGGUUAUUCUGUCAACAGCUACAGGGAAGCCGUUGUGUCUUGACGAUCACAUAUUUGAUCAUAUUUGCAUCUGAAAAACAAAAGGU